AUGACGGUAUUUGUCUGUUGUCUGUUUGUCUGCGCAUUUCUGCAAGUCAGUCAUCAAAAUCCAACAGACCACUGGACUCUGCUGCCCCACAUUAUGGUUGUGGAGGUGGAUGGCACCGAGGGCCAGCAGCCCCUGAGCUGCCUGGAGCUGCCAGACGAGCACAUGGCAAGAGACAUCAAGAAUGAGGAUAUUUUUUGGAGAAAGAACGGGAGGGAGGAAGAACAGAGGGGAAACACGUACCUGCUGCAGCUGGAGGAAAGCUUAGGAGGGGGAAACUACACCUGCCACAGCAAGGAUGGAUCACUCCUCAAUCACACCAUGGUUCUGAUCCAAGAGGACGAAACUAUCAGGAGAAUUCUUACAAAAAGUGACCAGGGUUAUUUAAAGUGCUCCGCUCCAAAUUACAACGGAGAGUUCCACUGCUCCUGGACCUGGCACAGCAAUCGCGUUGGCAAAGUAGCAUUCAUCAAAGCUCAACGUGUAUCUGACAGCCAGUGUUCUGUGGAUGAAAGCGGCCAGCGUUGGACAUGCUCUUCAGGUCAGAGUAACUUCAACUGUUCAGUGGACGACAGCGGCCACAGGAUGGUGUGCCUGGAGGAGCAGCACUGCCCCUACGCCGAGGAGAGCCAGCAGAUCCACAUCAGCAUCUACCUGAGGACGGAGCACUUCCUGCUGGAGAACUACUCCAAACGCUUUUACCUGUCAGAGAUAGUGAAACCCGACAAGGUGAGCAUUUGUCAAGUCAGCACCACGAUGAUAAAGUGGAGUUACCCGAGCUCCUGGAGCAGCCCCUACUCCUACUUCCCUCUUACUUUCGAGAUUGCACAGCUCAGGGGGCGAUGCAAAAAGUGUGACAACCCGUGCACUGACUCAAAAGCCAUUAAGACCUCAAGAGUUUCCUCUACCAACAUUUGUCAGUUUGAAGUCAAACACAAGAUUAAGGCCGUCUGUGUCCGGGCCAAGGAUGCUCUCUGUAACUCCCAAUGGAGCGAGUGGAGCUAUCUCAAGUUAGUACCUCCUCUGUGAUGGGAAGUUGGAGAUCCAGCAUUUCUUCCUCCUAUAAUGCUUACCGGUUCUUCUCAGUGUUUCCCCACCUUUUGCCAGUCAGCCGGCUGUCCCCAUGCCUGCAAACCAAACUGUAUAUAUGUUGUCAGUAGCUUUAAU